CGUGGACGAUAAAGUCACAGAUCGCGCAUCGCGAGCCCGCUCUGUCCGCUGAACUCGCCUGGUUCGCCUGUCUCCUCCGUGCGAUCCAUGUGAAAAUCGAGAUUAACUAACAGCUUAAUUGCUCUGGAUUACUUAUUGGAUAUCAUCCUGAUUUUGGAUUAUAAAAACUAAUACGACAUGUUGAGCAUACAAAAUGCCAUGAUUGCCUUACUUUUGGCAACGACACUUUGCAGUGGAUCCGGAUUCGCUAAGGCUCAGUUGCUCGACGAGGACGAUGACCUGGCCUUCGGAAGACCCUGGCCCACCUACAGUCUACAAAACAUGCCCAAGACGCAGUUCACCUGCCACGACAAGAUCCUGGGCGGCUAUUAUGCCGAUCCAGAGACCCAGUGCCAGAUGUUCCACGUGUGCGUCAAGCUGCCCGGAGUUGGGCUCCUUCAUCGAAGAGCUAAUCCGUUUGUCCAACAGGUGCAGGACUACCGCUUCCUCUGUCCCAACACGACGGCCUUUGACCAGGAACUUCAGAUCUGCGCUAACUGGGUGGACGUUGACUGUGACAAGGCCACGUCUUUUUACGACAACAGCCACCUGAAUGAUCUCUACCGCGGUGGAGAUGAUAGCAAAUCUGCCCACGAGGAAGAGGCCACUUUCCAUCUCCAACGCGCCGAAACGGGCGAUGUCCGUCGAUCUAAGGAGAACCACAACAAUAACAAUAAUCGUGGCGGGGAGCAGAAGUCACGCCCUCGUCACAAUUACGCCCAAACAGGUGGCAGCUCCAGUUCCAGCUCCAGUCCCAAUUUGGAGAUCACGCAACCCACCAAGCGACCCAUUUCCACCUAUUACACGCCGACCACUUCGACUACCACAACAACCACGUCGACCACAUCCACGACGGAACGUAACUAUUACAACAACAAUUACAGCAACAAUGACGACUCCAAGCAAGACAUAGAUGAUAUCUUCAAGGGUUCCCACAGCUCGCACUUCUUCUCUAAUCGUCACGGGGGCCGGGAAUAUGAUGAGGAGCCAGCCCGCCCCAAGCCCAAUGACUUUUCGGAUAACCAACGUAAGACCACGAGGGUCACGCCCACCCGUGGAGCACAACGACCCACUUUCGGUCCGAGUAGCACCAUCCCAUCUAGUACUGCUGCUCCCAGUACUACCAAGUCCUUGAAGAAGAUCACCCUGCAUGCCACCUUCAACACGGAUUUCCUGGACAACUCUCAGCACACCAAGAAUCCGUCUUACAGUGCAGUAACCACUCCUCGACCCAGCAGUAGCAUCACCAGUCGCUUCAGUUUCGGUUCCAGUGACUUCCCAGGAACCCAGGAGAAGAUUCAGCCAACCACCUACAAUCCCAACAAUGGAGCCUAUCGCUUCAAGACCACUUCACCACCGGCUAGUUCCACCAAGGUGACGGGCAAGGGAGUCCAGGACUUCGAAAAGCGUAGUAAACCCACUUCGGCAGCAGUUAGGAAACAGAAACUUGGUCCCCAGGAGUCCAACUACAUCAAUCAAAACGAGUUUGUGGAUCUAACGAAGAGUCCCAAGUUGCAGCAGCCGCAACCUUUCCAGGUGGUGCAGAACAAACCCAACCAACUGGAACCACAUUACCAGAGGCAUAAGCCUCAGGUGACUCGUGUUGGUAGCCAGGAGCCAGCUCCCUUUUCCGCUCCGAGCUCCAAGCCCCGUUCUUUCACUAGCCGUGGAAGCAUAACCUACAAGGCCACCACCGAGCGUUAUGCGGACCAGGAGCUAUACUAUCCUACCACCAGUGCCACAACCAGGGCGAAAGAGGCCUUCACACCCACCACCUUCAGACCGACCACAUACAAGAAGCCCUAUGAACAAAAUUAUCAGACGCAGCUGACCCAUCGACCCACGCAAGCGGCCACCAAAAAGACAGCCACUUCGGUGGCAUCAGCGCCAUCCACUACAGUUAAUCCCCAUACCACUGUGGAUGAGGAUGAUGGCCAGUACCACCCGGAGUUGUACGAGAACGAUUUCCCGCGCAAUCGCAUUCGUUUCCUGCGCAAUCGAUCCACCAGUUCAACCACCUCGACCACAAGUGCUCCAGUGAUUUCCAGCCGGCAACCACAUGGCUUCCAACAGGCACACAGUCAGCUGAAGAGCCAGCAGCAGUCUGUCUACCAAAAGGAAAGGGAACGUGAGCGGGAAUCUGACCUCAGCGACGAGGAGGAGCUCUUUAAGACCGCCCAAUCGUUGAAUUUCGGGGCGGCCAGCAUCAACAAACUGAGGGCGGACAUCUACAAGGCGGAGAAGACCUCGCAGCAGUACAACUCACAGUACAAUCCUCAGCUGGUGGCAUCUAGUCCGCAGACCAGCAGUAGCACCACUACCACAACUAGCACCACCACCACCACCACCAGACGUCCACCAACCACAGCCAGAACCACAACCACCAUCACGACAAGUGCACCCGUGGAGUCCAAGAAGUCAGUGAAGAGCAAAAAAGAGCAGCAGCAGCUGGAGAAGAAGGAUCGACCAGCUGGCAAGAGGCCCCCACAUGCGGACGAGGACACUAGCUAUGAUUAUGCCUACUAUGAUACGGACUGAGCGGGUUAUCCAGCCCAGGACUCGUACUAACUACUUGCAUUAACACACCCAAUAGCCCUAUUCCAGAACAUAUUCCCUACAUAGGUGCCACAGUAUUUUAAAGACAGUUCCCUCCCGAAACCAUGCUCAUCAGAUUUUCACACUCCAUAUGCAUACUCGUACUCAUAUCUUACUUACGAACCGCUUGACACCCAUUAACACUCGCGUACAUUCAUUCAAUCCGUUUCAGAUGCGUUCUAAUGAAUUUCCAUGCGUGUAUCUAGUUAUUUAAAUAAAAGGAAUAUAUGUUUAGUCGUUAGACAAUUGUUGAAUUGAACCGAUUUGGCAGCGAAAAACCCUAUCGAUGACCGGAUGAGAAAUGUCUUUUUAGAAAUUCCAUUGAAGUAUUUUGUACUCGUUGUCUAAUAUUCAAUGAAUUCACUACGAAAUUGUAUUAGUCUUAAGUUUUCUUGUAAAUAAAAUGAAAUGUAAUUAGUAAAAAAAUGUGUUUCUGUGUCUU